AUGGCUGGCUACCACUCUUGGAACCAGACCAGGCUUUGGGAUGGGGCUGGGCCCCUGGGGAGAGGGCCGGGGCGUGUGCCUGAAGACAGUUCACCCUCAGGCUCACCUGGGGCAGGACAGGAGGUGGCAGUGGCUUCCCAUGGGCCCAGGACAGCGGUCACUCACUGGGCGUCCCUGCCCUCGACAGAGACAGGCCCCAGGGUGUUGAGGACCUGGGAUGGGCACCCAGGGCAGGUGCUCUGUGAGUGGAGACGGCUGGACCCUGACCUGCCGUUUUCGGACCUGAGGGCAGAGGCCAGGAGGGAGAAGGAGAUGCCAGCUGAUGCCCGAACAGGAUGGGCUGUCUCCUGCCUCUCGGUCUCCAUCACCUACCCCAGCACCAUCCAGCUCUCAGCUCACGGCCCCUGCCAGGCCCAAAUCAUCUCCACAACUGUACUCUCCUUCACGGCUUCCGUGGUUUAUGCCACUGAAGUGGCCUGUACUGGGACUGGCACUGGCACUUGGGUGCAUGGUGUCUCUGCAUUAUCUUUAACCAGACCUCCCCAAGGGCAGAAAUACCUACUCACCCAGAAAGGCCUGGGCUCUGUGACCAUCAUAGGCUACUUCCUCCACCUCCUGCAGCUGCUCUCCACCUGUGUGGCCUUCUCCCUGGUGGUCAUUGCCGGCGCUUGGAAUGAGGACUUAAAUAACUCAUCUGUGUUCAUCUGGUGCUUCUGCUUCACAGUGACCCUCAUCAUCCUCAUAGUUGAGUUAUUGGAGUUGGACUCUGCUUUCUACUCCUGGGACAGCUUUCUCAUCGUCUAUGCCAGCUACUUCACCCUCUUCUGCCUCUCAACUUCCAUUGCCUAUUCCAUCAUCUACCUUCAGUUCAUCCCUGAUGGCUCCCCCAGGAACUACGCCAUUGCCGCCACUGCAUUUUCCUGCAUCGCUUCUGUGGCUUAUGCCAUAGAAGUGGUCUGGACCUGUGUCCAUACUGAGGCCACCUCCUGCUCCUUUCCAGGCCUGCUCAAAAGGCUGGAGAUUUUUGUGGCUUGUGUCAUCUUCACCUUCAUCAGCAACACCUCCCUGUACUGGCACCAUCUUGCCUUGAGGUGGUAUGUGGCCGUGUACUCCAUCUGCUUCAUCCUGGUGACCACGGCCAUCCUGGGACACAAGUGCAAAUGUGACAUAAGGCCACUCUUCACCUGUUUUGUGUGGCAGACCUUGCCCUCCACCCUCUUCUACUUCACUGCUGUGGUCCUCUGGCCUCUCUAUCAGUUCAACGAGGAGUUUGGAGGUCAGCCCCAGCGGUCCAGCAAUGCCACCUGCAGCAGUGUGAUCUUCAUGUGUGUCUGGGACCAACGACUGGCUGUGGCCAUCCUGACAGCCAUCAACCUGCUGAUUUACAUGGUUGACCUCGUGUACUCCAUCUACCUGUUUUGUGUUAGUUAA